ACUGCUUCUAAAAAGACAAAAGCCAAACUCUCCAUGUAUCUGUAGCCUCUACCAAACCAAAAUCUUCCCGAUCUGAUUGGCCCCCGAACAAUUAUUUCUCCAACAUCACCACAUAUUAACGAUUCUGCCAUUGCAGAAUCAUCCUUCAGCAAAUGGGAUCCUUUUUAUUUCCCUGAUCUUCAAAGAGGAUGUCCCAAGCUGAUGUCUCUUACAGUUGUGGGUCUUGUGGAUACCCUUUGAACUUGACAUCUUCUAACCGAAUCACCUCUGGCAUGGGCUCUGAAUAUCGCAAAUCCAUAAAGAAAGGUUUUAUCUCAUUUCUAUCUGUUGAUCUUAGUCGAUUCACUCAGGUCGAUCAGGUACAUUGCUUUCCGGUCAGUUGGGGCCGUUACCUUUCAAAAACUAAACUCCUUUGUCGUAAAUGUGGGGUUCAUAUAGGCUAUGGUUAUGGAGAUGCACCUGCUCUUUGUGGUUUUGACUCCCCGAACCCAUCUAGUGCUGCUUAUAAAAAGUUUGCUAUAAAGAUCCGAGCUCUACAGCCCUCAGAAGAGUGCUAACAAGGUUGACAUGGAAGAGCCAUUAAUGGAUGGUGCUACCUCCAUCAUGCACCUACCUGAUGAUUGCCUCUCUUUUAUUUUCAAUUAUCUUGACUGUAGGUCUGACCGUGAAUCAUUUGGGCUAACUUGCCACCGCUGGCUUAAUAUUCAAAACUUGAAUCGUCGAUCCUUACAAUUUCCGUGUUCUUUCAGUAUUAUUGGCCCUUCCUCAUUAUCUCAGAGCAGUAUUGACAUCAAUUCCUUCCAUCUUUACAAGAUUCUCACCCGUUUUCAGCAUUUAGAGUAUUUAUCUCUUUCUGGUUGCAUAGAACUACCUGAUUCAGGCCUAACCUACUUGAAAUAUUAUGGUUCAAGAUUGCAAACUCUAUGUCUGGAUUGUUGUUUUGGAAUCACUGAUUAUGGGCUUUCCCUGGUUGGUAUUGGCUGCCCCUCCUUGACUGUCAUUAGUCUUUAUCGAUGCAACAUUACUGAUGCUGCUCUGGAAGCUUUAGCUAGUACUUGUUUGGCUUUGAAGCACGUGAAUCUUGCUUAUUGCCCGCGCAUUUCAGACUCUGGGUUAAGAGCUCUUUCGCAAGGAUGCCGUCAGCUCAGUGCAAUUAAGAUAUCGAAUUGCAGGGCUGUAAGUGGUGUUGGCUUUAGGGGUUGUUCAUCAACUCUGGUUUAUCUAGAUGCUGAAUUUUGUAAUCUUGAACUAGAAGGAAUAAUGGGGAUUGUUAGUGGAGGUGGGCUUAAGUUUUUAAACAUUGCUGGUUUGAGUUCAUUGAGCCUCAAAGAUGAAUUGGCAGCAAUUGGGAAUGGAUUUGCGGCAGGGCUUAAAAUCCUUAGUCUUCGAAUGUGUAGAACUGUUAGUGAUGCUUCUAUUGUUGCAAUAGCAAAGGGGUGUCCACUACUUACAGAGUGGAACCUGGCAUUGUGUCAUGAGGUUAGGUUUUCAGGCUGGGCUUCCAUUGGGUUAAAUUGCCACAAUUUAGAGAAACUUCACGUGAACCGCUGCCGAAAUUUAUGUGAUCGAGGGUUACAGGCCCUGCGAGAUGGCUGCGAACGGCUUUCUGUUUUGUACAUGAAUCGAAAUAGUAGGAUAUCAGAUAUAGCAGUGGAGUUGUUUAAAUUGUAUAGAGGCGAUGUUGAGAUCAAGGGAGAAGAAGUGAUGUCUAUAGGGCCUCAUUGGGACAGACUAGACUAUGAUGAGUAAGAGAUUGACUAUCUUAUAUGGCAUGGAAAGCUGUUGAUACUAAUGUGUACCAGUCAAGUUGUUGCAAUUUCUAUCUUGAUUGAUAAGGUCACCUCUAACAUUAAGUUAGUUAGUUGCAUUGAUAAAUAUAUUUGAUUAUUUGAACAGAAAGAAGUUAAAAUGAUGUAAGGUUUUCUUAGAGCGUGAGAUUUUUCUUAACCUUUAUUAUUAUUAUUAUUCUUUGAAUUGCAAUCUUGUAUUCAGUAAAGAUGAAAAAAGAACACCUUGUUUAAGAACAUUAUGAUACCUCACUUGUGUUUGGCCAAAGAGACUGCCACACUUUAAUUUUUGUAACUGUCCGAUCUUUAGUCUA